ACUGUUGUGAGACGGCAAUCAGCGACGAAGAACCGCGGCUUAACACCUCUCCAACGUCUAGUACAGCACGCCGACUGCUGCGAGUGUCCCACCCCGGGCCAGCUGAUUCACAAUCAUUUUCCUUCGCGGAGGACGAUGGCCGCUUCACUUUUAACCCGUAUAAAUAUCGCAAUCGGACGAUUCGAGCAGCUAAUCGACCUCACAUUGGGUAGAAGAUAUCCUCCAGGCGCGUUUUGCCUGGCCGGAACUGCAGUAGAUCGAUUUCCACAGCCCCCUCGAUUUUCGCUGAAGGAUGUGUUGGGAGAUGGGUUUCUUUGGGCAGUGCCCAAACACAGAAGGUCUAUCGAGAAAAGGCUUAAGAGAAAAUUCGGACAUCCGGACUACGUUUUGAAAAUUAUGAAACCCAAAACUAAUUUGAGAACAUGCAAUGUUUGUGGAGAUGACCAUGAGGCCGGAGUCCUAUGCCCGACAUGUUACAAAAAAGUAAUGGAUGAAACUAAAGCCAUGCAAGAAGCAAUUCAAGAAGAACUGAAACUUGAACCGGUAGAAAAAGAAGUGGUAGUGUUAUAUGAAGGAGAGAAAGAUGAAAAACCAGACGAGACAUUUGAAGGAAAGCGAAUAGUAGAAGUGAAGAAACCCCGACCGGCAUGGUUCAGUAAAAAUCUUCUACAGCAAACUACACAGAAACCCGCUACCACUAGCGAUGUUAAACCUUCUGAUUUAGGUUAACCCGUUAUUUUGUAGAAAAUUACAAUGAAAGUAUUGUUCAUUUAAUAGUAAUCAAUAAAUCUAAGCAUUUUUAUGCAAA